CAGAGGCACCCAGUUCACAAUUUGCCGAUGAAGUGACGCUGUUUAAAGAAUAUGGCAAAAGGCUCCUUGACGGUUGCUGUUUUCCUUCUGGGAUAUCUCCUUAAUGCUGAAUGUACAGUUUUCAUUGAUCAGGAAGAGGCAAAUUCUGUUUUGUACCGAUAUAAACGAUUCAAUUCUGGACGCCUGGAAGAAGUGAUUGCUGGAAACCUUGAGCGAGAGUGCUUGGAAGAAAAAUGCAGCUUCGAGGAGGCAAGAGAAGUCUUUGAAAACCACGAGAAAACGACGGAAUUUUGGAAUGCAUACAUAGAUGGAAACCAAUGUGAUUCAAACCCUUGUACAAAUGGGGGGACAUGUGAAGAUCAAGUCGGUAACUACGUAUGUUGGUGUCCAGCUGGUUAUGAAGGAAGGAACUGUGAGUUAGAUGCUACAUGCUCAACAAAGAAUGGAGGAUGCAAGCAAUUUUGCAAGAAUGGCCCAUCAGGAAGAGUGAUCUGUUCCUGUGCCCCUGGUUAUAAGCUCGGGGCAGACCAGAAGACCUGUGAACCAGCAGUGCCCUAUCCAUGCGGAAGGAUUACAGCUCCAGAGGCAGUCAGCAAACUCACCCGUUCUAUGAACACGUUUGACAACUGGUUCUCCACCAAUGAGACAGAUGAUAUCACAGAAGAAAUGGACAACAGCACUCAGAUUGUUCCCCUGGCAGCAACCCGAAAUCGAGUGGUUGGGGGCAGAAACAGCAAGAAAGGCGAAGUGCCUUGGCAGGUUUAUUUGCUUAACAAUGAGCAGAAGGGAUUCUGUGGGGGCUCGAUCAUCAAUGAAAACUGGAUUGUGACCGCAGCACACUGCAUUGAGUCUGGACCAGUCACUAUUGUUGCAGGUGAACUCCGCACAGAGGAAAAGGACUACACUGAACAAUACCGCAGUGUGAUAAGAAUAAUCCCUUAUCCGGCAUACAAUAGUAGCCUGAGGUACCACAAUGACAUCGCUCUCCUCGAACUGGAUUCGCCGCUAGAGUUGAAUAGUUAUGUCACUCCUAUUUGCAUAGCAGACAAAGACUUCACAAACAGCCUUCUCAAGUUUGGAACAAGCACUGUAAGUGGAUGGGGAAGGCUGGCAUACCAAGGGAGGGAGGCAAGCAUCCUCCAGGUUCUGAAAGUUCAGUUAAUUGACCGGGCAACCUGUUUGAGGAGCACCAGAUUCUCCAUUGUGCCCAGCAUGUUCUGUGCAGGGCAUCCUUACGAGGCAAAGGAUACAUGCCAAGGAGACAGCGGAGGUCCACAUGCCACAGAUAUGGAAGGCACAUGGUUUCUAACUGGAAUAACCAGUUGGGGAGAACAGUGUGCCAUGAAAGAUAAAUAUGGCGUCUACACCAGAGUUGCAAGGUAUGUUAAGUGGAUCAGAGAGACAACAAAGCGUACAUAAGGCCAGAGCCAAAAUAUUUUGAUUCCUUUCCAAAGGAUUAUCUGAUUGUGGAGAGGGGAAAGUUUAAACUCCCAAUCUAUAUUCUCAAAUAAUUCCAGAGGGGUAGCUGCAGUACAAGCCUGCUGUAGCAAAAAUAAACAUACGUCUUGUAGCAUACUGUUAUUCUAACAUAAGCUUUUGUGGACGAGCUUCAUCAAAUGUAAGCAGAUCAACAUGCAUCUGACAAAGUAGAUUCUAGUAAAAAAAAUCUUAUGAAAACUUAUGCUAGAAUAAAAAUUUGCUGGAUUUUAAAGCCCCAAGACUCCUACUCUGAAAUAGUUUGAGAUUAUUUUUUUCCCUUAACAUUGAGAAGUUGAACAUAUCUUUUAGAAACAUGGUUUACACAUGAUGUUUCUACCUGGAAAAUAGUGGUGUAUUUCCAUGGGGUAGUUGCAAUGUUGUGAACACAUCAACAUGCAUCACCAUCAGAUCCUCAUCUGAUUAGAAAGGCGGCGGGGAGGGUGGGGGGGGGACACCUACCUCACAGAGUUGUUCUGAGGGUGAUCAUGUUGUAAAGAAUUGCAAAUGAAUCCAGCACUCAAUGUAUUGAUGCGUUAUAAUGAAUUGCAAUGCACCCACAAAUAAAUUGCAACCUGAGUA